AUGCCUGAAACCCUGCAGGGCAGCUGCCAGUCAGAGCAAGCCACUGGGGGCCGGCGGACAGGACAGCUCAACUGCUUCCUACACUCUCCGGAGCCGGGUUCUGCCUGUCUCCUUCCCAACGCACCACGCCGAAACCCGGGAUUAGAUUGGAGCAGACCUGGAAGGAGGAGGAAAAGAUUCCUCAAAGCACCCGUCAGCACCAGAGCCCAAAAUAGAACCAGGCAGCCCAGGAUUCCUCUGACCGCUAGGCAACACUUCCUGAGUGCCAGAAGGUGGGGCAGCAGUUCAAGCAGCUGGAGAUGGACGGAGACAGAGUGUGAUGCAUCAGGAAGCAGAUUUGUUUCUAUCAUCAACGGCACUGACGAAAAUGGGGGAACGCACGUGUGGAGGAAAGUUAAGCUAUCGCAGGGUUCUAGCCCUCAUGAAGAGAGCCAGCCUGGUGUAGUGGUUGGAGACUCUGGAGAUCAGGGUUCGAAUCCCAUCUCGGCUGUGAAAACCCACUGGGUGACCUUGGGCAAAGCACACUCUCUCUGCCUCAGAGGAUGGCGAUGGCAAACCCCCGCAGAAGAAACAAUGCCACUGUAUAUCAUGGGACUUGGGCCUCCACUGAUUUUGUUACCCACGGGGAUCCUGGAACUGAACCCCAGCGGAUCCCAAGGGACCACAGUAUCCCUCCCCUGGAGCUUGCUGGAGGAAAGGCAGGACAAAAAGAGAAUAAACAAUGAAAAUGAAAAAACAGAAGGGUAUGCUUUGAAAGCCCCCCACCUCGCUUGGAGGCAUUGAUGCAUUUCCUCACCGUCUCUCUGUCUCUCUCAAAAUGGAGGCUGUUAUCAUGACAUCCUGGAUGUCAGGGGACUCGAUCUCGUGCCCAUCCCCUGCCUCCACCAGGGAGAAACCAGAGGGCACUUGGAAGAUGAGGCUCACCCCAAUGCACCCCACCACCCUGGCGUCCCCAUCUGCUGCCAGUAAAGGGCGGGGAGGGUGAGAACAAUGGUGGUGGCAGGACAUCCUGGAGGUGGGGAGGGAUGGGAAUAUGCGGAAAGGGGCCGCCUGCCCGCCAGCAGAUUCCUGGCAGGAAGAGAGGGAUGGAGGGGACUGCUCUAGAGUCAACACACAGUCCAGGAAUGUGUGCGAGAGAGCUUGGCGUGGGCCAACCCUCCUGCUUUCUAAGGGAUGGCCUCUGUCUUCUUCCUUCUCCAUCCUGAUACUGAAUUCAAAGACAUUGGGUGUGUGUCUUGUGGCACUUCAAGUCCUUUCCGACAUGCGGCAACCCUAAGGCGAAUAUCACCGGGUUUUCUUGGCAAGAUUCUUCAGAGGGGGUUUGCCAUUGUCAUCCUUGGAGGCUGAGAGAGUGUGGCUUGCCCAAGGGCACCUAGCGGGUUUUUGUGGCUGAGUGGGGAUUUGAACCCUGAUCUCCAGUCAUAGUCAAAGAACUGCACCACACUGGUACUCACUGGGCAUAUAUAUAUGUGUGUGUGUCCAAUGAGAGCCAGUGUGGUGUAGUGGUUUGAGCUAUGACUAAAUAUAUAUUUAGUCAUAUAUAGUCAUAGCUCAAACCAUGCUGGCUCUCAGUGGCGGGGGACCCAUUUCCAGGUACACAGGUGGACAUCCAUUCCGGUUAUUUUGAAAAUAUUUUUAAAAUGCUUUUAAAAACUUUUGGGGGGUGUGUGUGUGUUGAGAAACCUUUAUGAGAAGGAUCCUGGGUUGUAUCCACUUUGCAGAAAUAGUCCAGUUUGGCUUCACUUUAACUGCCAUGGCUCAGUGCCAUGGGACCCUGGGGAAUUGUAGUUUUGUGAGACAUUUAACCUUCUCUGUCAGCCAGUUUUGGUG